CACGUGGGGCGCCGGGGCCAAUAGGAGCGCGUCUCGGUGUCGAGCCCCGCCCUGCCGCGCCCGGGGUUGGGGGACGGACAGUUGGACUUGGCCGGGGUUGAAGUCCUGGCCGAGCGGGCGCCUGAGUCCCGGAGUGCUGCAAGGCCAGGCCAUGGAGCGUGAAGUCGAGCGGGUUCGCCAGGCGUUCCGAUCCGGCCGGUCGCGGCCCCUGCGGUUCCGGCUGCAGCAGCUGGAAGCCCUGCGGAAGAUGGUGCAGGAGCGCGAGAAGGACAUCCUGGGGGCCAUCGCCGCCGACCUGUGCAAGAGCGAAUUCAAUGCCUACAGUCAGGAAGUCAUUGCCAUCCUUGGGGAGAUCGAUUUUAUGCUGCGUAAUCUUCCCGAAUGGAUCACUGCCCAACCCGUGAAGAAGAACCUGUUCACCAUGCUGGAUGAGGCCUACAUUCAGGCAGAGCCCCUGGGGGUCGUGCUGAUCAUCGGAGCCUGGAACUACCCUUUCGUGCUCACCAUGCAGCCGCUGAUAGGAGCCAUCGCCGCAGGGAAUGCCGUGAUUGUCAAGCCCUCCGAACUGAGUGAGAAUACAGCCAAGGUCUUGGCCAAGCUCCUCCCUCAGUAUUUAGACCAGGAUCUGUACACGGUCAUCAAUGGUGGUGUGCAGGAGACCACAGAGCUUCUGAAGCAGCGGUUUGACCACAUCCUCUAUACAGGCAAUGCUGCCGUCGGGAAGAUUGUCAUGGAAGCUGCCGCCAAGCACCUGACCCCAGUGACUCUUGAACUGGGAGGGAAAAGUCCAUGUUACGUUGACAGAGACUGUGACCUGGACACUGUUUGCAGACGUAUAACCUGGGGGAAGUACAUGAACUCUGGCCAGACCUGCAUUGCUCCCGACUACAUUCUCUGUGAAGCCCAACUCCAGGACCAAAUUGUGCAAAAGAUUAAGGAAACUGUGAAGGAAUUUUAUGGAGAAAACAUAAAAGAGUCUCCAGAUUAUGAAAGGAUCAUCAAUCUUCGUCAUUUUAAGAGGAUACAAAGUUUACUUGAAGGCCAAAAGAUAGCUUUUGGUGGAGAGACGGAUGAGGCCACGCGCUACAUAGCUCCCACAGUCCUGACCGAUGUCGAUCCCAAAUCCAAGGUGAUGCAAGAAGAGAUUUUUGGGCCAGUUCUCCCGAUAGUGCCCGUGAAGAAUGCAGAUGAAGCUAUCCAUUUCAUAAAUGAACGUGAGAAGCCCCUGGCCCUCUAUGUAUUUUCUCAUAAUGACAAGCUCAUCAAACGGAUGAUCAAUGAGACAUCCAGCGGAGGUGUCGUGGGCAAUGACGUCAUCAUGCACUUCACGCUCAACUCCUUGCCCUUUGGAGGAGUGGGUUACAGCGGGAUGGGAGCUUAUCACGGAAAACACACUUUCGACACUUUCUCUCAUCAGCGAUCCUGUUUGUUAAAAAGUUUGAAGGGAGAAGGUGCCAACAAGCUCCGGUACCCUCCCAACAGCCAGUCCAAGGUGGAGUGGGCCAAGUUCUUUCUGCUCAAACAGUUCAACAAAGGGAAGCUGGGCCUCCUGCUGCUCGCUGUCCUGGGCAUCCUGGCCGCUGUGCUGAUCAAGAAAUACCAAGCUGUGCUGAGGAGAAAGGCCCUGUUGGUUUUUCUGGUAGUUCACAGCCUGCGUGGGUCCGGCAAGCAGUGAUGGACAGAUUUCAAGGGCCAGCUCUGUCUGUGCGAAGUGAGACUGGAUACUACUGAAGAGCGGCCCUCGUCCAGCUCCUGGUUGCCUUGCUGAAUCGUUCUUCCACAAAGAGGUUAAUGAACUUGUGAUUUGUAAAUCCUGCCCCUGAAAAGUAGAAACUGCUUAAGUGUACCAUGAUCACCCCGGAAGUCAUUGCCACUCUCCGUGAAUAAAGCUCACCCUUCAGCCAGA